GUGCUUGCGCAGCACGCACGGCUGGGGAGGGGUUGGCGGCGGGCGGCGGGCGGCGGGCGGCGGGCGGCGGAGGCGCGGGGCCUGCUCCCGCCGGCACCAUGGCCAAGACCGUGGCCUAUUUCUACGACCCCGACGUGGGCAACUUCCACUACGGAGCUGGACACCCUAUGAAGCCCCAUCGCUUGGCAUUGACCCAUAGCCUAGUCCUGCAUUACGGUCUCUAUAAGAAGAUGAUCGUCUUCAAGCCAUACCAGGCCUCCCAGCAUGACAUGUGCCGCUUCCACUCCGAGGACUACAUUGACUUCCUGCAGAGAGUCAGCCCCACCAAUAUGCAAGGCUUCACCAAGAGUCUUAAUGCCUUCAACGUAGGCGAUGACUGCCCAGUGUUUCCCGGGCUCUUUGAGUUCUGCUCGCGUUACACAGGCGCAUCUCUGCAAGGAGCAACCCAGCUGAACAACAAGAUCUGUGAUAUUGCCAUUAACUGGGCUGGUGGUCUGCACCAUGCCAAGAAGUUUGAGGCCUCUGGCUUCUGCUAUGUCAACGACAUUGUGAUUGGCAUCCUGGAGCUGCUCAAGUACCACCCUCGGGUGCUUUACAUUGAUAUUGACAUCCACCAUGGUGACGGGGUUCAGGAAGCUUUCUACCUCACUGAUCGGGUCAUGACGGUGUCCUUCCACAAAUACGGAAAUUACUUCUUCCCUGGCACAGGUGACAUGUAUGAAGUCGGGGCAGAGAGUGGCCGCUACUACUGUCUGAAUGUGCCCCUGCGGGAUGGCAUUGAUGACCAGAGUUACAAGCACCUUUUCCAGCCGGUUAUCAACCAGGUAGUGGACUUCUACCAACCCACGUGCAUUGUGCUCCAGUGUGGAGCUGACUCUCUGGGCUGUGAUCGAUUGGGCUGCUUUAACCUCAGCAUCCGAGGGCAUGGGGAAUGCGUCGAAUAUGUCAAGAGCUUCAAUAUCCCUCUACUGGUGCUGGGUGGUGGUGGUUAUACUGUCCGAAAUGUUGCCCGUUGCUGGACAUAUGAGACAUCGCUGCUGGUAGAAGAGGCCAUUAGUGAGGAGCUUCCCUAUAGUGAAUACUUCGAGUACUUUGCCCCAGACUUCACACUUCAUCCAGAUGUCAGCACCCGCAUCGAGAAUCAGAACUCACGCCAGUAUCUGGACCAGAUCCGCCAGACAAUCUUUGAAAACCUGAAGAUGCUGAACCAUGCACCUAGUGUCCAGAUUCAUGAUGUGCCUGCAGACCUCCUGACCUAUGACAGGACUGAUGAGGCUGAUGCAGAGGAGAGGGGUCCUGAGGAGAACUAUAGCAGGCCAGAGGCACCCAAUGAGUUCUAUGAUGGAGACCAUGACAAUGACAAGGAAAGUGAUGUGGAGAUUUAAGAGUGGCUUGGGAUGCUGUGUCCCAAGGAAUUCCUUUUCACCUCUUGGUUGGACUGGAGGGAAAAGGAGUGGCUCGUAGAGUCCUGGAGUGGUCACCCCAGGGCUUUUGCUGACUCUGGGAAAGAGUCUGGAGACCACAUUUGGUUCUCGAACCAUCUACCCCCUUUUCUUCUCUCUCCUAAGGCCUGACAGUGGUACCUAUUAGGGAUGAGAUAUGGACAAGGAUAGCUAUAUGGGACAUUAUUGGCAGUGGGCCCUGGAGGCCAGUCCUUAGCCCCCCUUGUCCCUUAUUUCUUCCCUGCUUCCCUCCAACCCAGAGACUUUGAGGGACGAAUGGGUAGACAAGGACUGAGAUUGUCUCUGACUUCCUCCUCCCCUGAGUUCUGAUUUCCUCCUCCCCUUGCUUCCAGGGAAGAUGAAGAGAGAGGGAUUUGGCAGGGGCUCUGGCUCCCUAACACCUGAAUCCCAGAUGAUGGGAAGUAUGUUUUCAAGUGUUGGGAAGAUAUGAAAAUGUUCUGUUCUCACUUUUGGCUUUAUGUCCAUUUUACCACUGUUUUUAUCCAAUAAACUAAGUCGGUAUUUUUUGUACCUUU